CAGGCUCGUUCGCGUAACUCGCCAAUGCAAAUAAAGCAUUGAUGCAAGGAUAUUCACAUAGGCGCUCCGCAUUGGACACUGGCAUGUUGAAUAUCGCAGAAAAUGACUGCCGUGAAACGUGUUCGCAUUUAUGAACUUGUUCGUAGCCGGCAGUGGCUAUGCACAUUUACAGCACUCUUUGACCCCCUGCCUUCCCACGCACCUAACAUGCAAAGCUGGCCUAAGCCGGUUCCACUAUCUCCUGGUCGCCCGUCAUUAUGCACAGGGUUCGAAGCAUCUUGUGCUUUCGCUAUCCGCGAGAAGUUCAAUGGCGAUAGUCCAUGAAUAGGGCUUGGAAGGCUUUCGCGAAGGUACAAAGCAUCAGAGCUUCACUGCCGAGUGAUAU